UUUAUUUUUAGAAGCUCUCUCGUUUGCUACGCACUUCAUGUAGCCUACUACAACACGGCCCAUGUUCUUCUGGUCAAUAAUUUAAACGGGUUUGGUACAUUGGAUUGGAACACAACACCCGAGCGCACAGCGUAAAGACGCGCAGGCCUAUUCCAUAGUGUGAUGUUUCAAGCUAUAUCCGGAAUUUGGAGAUGCCCACCUUUGCCAAUGAGGCAUCACCACUGCUCACAAGGAUCCCUUCGAGAGGAGCCGUGUGUCCUGAUCCCAGGCUGCAUGGUCUCGGAAUACCAAGAAAAGUACCCUGCCUACUGCACCACUGUUGUCCGGGCAGCCAAGAAGCAGAAUAAUGAGUAUCAGCCACUGGAGGGAAGGAUAUCCAACAUGACCACUUUCAAGUCAGACUACGUGGCCCAUGAAGUGACCCAGAGGCCCUCAAAGGUCACCAAGGUGUAUGUGCCACCUGACGGGAGAAUGAGACACAGCAGCACCUACGCCAGGGACUACCCAACACACCCUGUUCAGAAGCACAUCGUGACCAAGCCGGAAGAGUAUCAUCCGCCCACAGCAAAGAUGGUCGCUCAGUCCUUAUACAAAGGGGAAUUCCGAGCAUGGCACAACCAGAAAGUCCAACCCUACAGGACCUGUGACAACCUGAAGCUGAACGACAGCAAGUUCGAGGUGACCACCACCUUCCAAGACGACUACUGCCACAAGGGCCCGKCCGAGGCCAGGGAGAGCUUCAAACCGGCUGCCGACGCCCGGGAGACCCUGCCCUUUGACGGGGUCACCAACUACCAGACGCAGUAUGUCCCCCACCCAGUCCAGCCCAGGCAGCCCAAAGAGAGGGCCGUCUACAGGCCCACCAGUGCCCCCCUCAAUGGGGUCUCCACCCACAGGCAGGACUACCGGGGCCUGCCAGCUGAGCCCGCCAAGCCCUUUAGGGCCAAGGUGGCCUGGGARAGCAGCCCGGCUGUAUUCCAGGGGACCAGUGAGUUCCGCGACCAGUACAAGGCCUGGCCCCUGCAGCCCAAGCACCGGCACCAGGCUGAGGAGUACUGCCCACCCGAGGGCACUAUGGUCGGUCUGUCCACAGCUCAUGCUGACUAUGUCGACCACGAGAGCCAUCAGCGGCCCCAGUCCGCCCGUCCCCCUGUCGAGGCCUGGACAAAGGAGGCCAGACAGCCCCUCCAGACCAGAUCCACCAUGAAGGAGGACUACCGGACCUGGGAUGUGGUCCGUCGUCCCCCCAUGGUCUACGCAGAUGAGCUAGAGAAACCCAAGGGGGCUUUCGCCAACACCACCACCUUCCGCUCAGCAUACACGCCCAAGACGGCCCAGCGCGCCACCAGCUUUAAACCCACCCAGAAGCUAUUGAGCCCCCAGACCAUGGAUGAAGACUCCAUCUAUCGCUCCACCUACACCCCCAAGGAGAUCCCUCCUUGUCCAGCCCGGGAUGGCUGUCCUCCUGGCUUUGAGUACAGCUCCAUGGGGGCUGGAGGACACAGGCUGUACCGAACCAUCUCGGUACAGGAAACAGGGCUGAGUCAGCUGGCCGCUGCAACGUCCGAUAAGCCCUCUUACUCCCACAGCAGAAAGAGCUGCAGGGUCCCCAGCCGAGCCAAGAGGGCGCCAUAGAGUCCCGAUCACAGACCUGCACACACACAGCUAGCUAGAGGGGAUUCUUAUAUUUCUAUUCAAAUAUAUUAAUUGACAUUUUAGAUGAAUUCAUCACGAGCACCUCAGGUAUUUUGUAUGGUCACUCACAUAAAAAAAAGCAUAACCCUGAUUGUGCAUGCGUUUUUCUUUUAUAUACAAAGAAUUCAUAACAAUUCUUACUUUGAAUAUUAUGUAAUUGUUAAGCUGUUUUCUAUUUAAUGUUAACAAUGUGGACACGAAGAUCAGACACCAUUUAGCAUGGUAAUGCACCUAAUGCGUGUGAGCAAUAUAA